AAAGUCCGCGCACCCAAUGUUUUUGACGGAGACCGCGACAAUCUACGCACCUUCCUCAAUGAACUCUUCCUGUUCUUCGAAGCACGUCCAGCCGACUACGCCACCGACCAGAGCCGCAUCGUCACCGCUCUGACGUUCAUGGACGGACCGAAGGUGAUCGCCUGGAAAGACGGAUACAUUGCUCAAGCCCGACGAAACGGCUGGAACACCUGGAAUGCGUUCGAGACGGUCUUACAACAGACCUUCCAGCCCAUCGAGGAAGCCGCUACGGCCGCCUCCAAGCUGUACCACCUCGACUAUCGACCUGCCGCACCAGACACCUUCAACGCGGAAUUCUUCCGCCUCUGCGCCCUCGCCGGUAUACUCGAAGACAGUGCUCAGCUGUCCUUUUAUAAGGAGCGUCUCCCAGAAAGCAUGCGACGACGGGUUCGCCUCACGUACCCCAUCCCCACCACCGUUAAUGAGUGGGCAGCACGGGUGUUGGAAAUCGAACACUCCAACUACGAGGAACGACACCUGCGCCAACUCGAGGGACGCUCCCGCAACGACCGACAGGGCCAAGGCACAAAGGGACAGUCCGCUCGUACCAACUCCAUACGACGAGUUGACGCUCCAGCCAUGAAGGAGGACAGAGAGAAGAAGCAAUGCUUCUACUGCCACAAGACUGGUCACAUCGCACGCGACUGC